AUGAAUGUUGGAUGUUUCUUGCAACUUGCAGAUGAGAUGAAAACAAGAGGUCUAUUAACUGAUUCAAGAAUGGUUAGAGUUGAAGAACAACUGGCAAUAUUUUUAUUUACAUUAGCUCAUAAUGAAAGGAAUAGAGUUGUGCAAAAUCGUUUUCAACAUUCAGGAGAAACAAUUAGUCGUUAUUUUAACAAGUGCUUGAAAGCUUGUCUUCGAUUAGGGAAACACUAUGUGAAGCAGGCAGGAAAAGAUAUUUCACAAGAAAUAUCCUCUAAUCCAUUUUUUUUAUCCUUGGUUCAAGAUGGAACUCAUAUUCCUGCACUAAUACCUAUAGAAGAACAACCAAGAUAUAGAAAUCAAAAAGGAGUUCUUUCUCAAAAUGUCCUUGCUGUUGUAGAUUUUGAUAUGAACUUUCAAUACGUGCUUAGUGGUUGGGAAGGCUCUGCUUCGGAUUCUAGAGUGUUAAGAAAUGUUGUUUGGGAAAGAUCAGAAAAUAGAUUGAAAAUUUCGAAUGGCUAUGCAAAUACAAAAGGCUUUCUAGCACCUUAUCGUGGUGCACGAUAUCAUUUGAGAGAAUGGAGCCAAACACAAGCACCACAAAAUGCUCGUGAGCUCUAUAAUUUGAGACAUUCAAAACUCCAAAAUGUCGUAGAGAGGACAUUUGCUGUUUUGAAAAAAAGAUUUCCUAUAUUAACGACUCCUCCUCCAUAUUCCAUAAAAAACAAGGAUUCAUAUUUUGAAGAACACAUGGAAGAGGAAAUAGAAGAUUCUCACGGUUUGAAUGAUAUUGACUCUGAUUCUGAUGAAGAAGACCUUGGACGAGGGCCGACAGAUGCUGAUAAACAAUUUAUGUGCAAUAUAAGAGAUGAAAUAGCUCAACAAAUGUGGAAUACUAGAGCAAUUAGAUGA